GGCGGCGGCUGCGGCCGAGGCCGAGGCGGCGGCGGCCGCGGGCGGGGGCUGCGGCUCCGGGCCGCCGCCGCCGCUGCUGCUGAGCGAGGGCGAACAGCAGUGCUACUCCGAGCUCUUCGCGCGCUGCGCCGGCGCCGCGGGCGGGGGUCCCGGGCCCGGGCCCCCUGAGGCCACCAGGGUCGCGCCCGGCACGGCCACCGCGGCCGCCGGCCCGGUGGCCGACCUGUUCCGGGCGUCGCAGCUGCCCGCCGAGACGCUGCACCAGAUCACAGAACUGUGUGGUGCAAAGCGGGUUGGUUAUUUUGGUCCAACGCAGUUUUACGUUGCUCUGAAAUUAAUUGCUGCAGCACAGUCUGGCCUCCCUGUUCGGAUAGAGAGCAUUAAAUGUGAAUUGCCUCUGCCUCGCUUUAUGAUGUCAAAGAAUGAUGGUGAGAUACGAUUUGGAAACCCAGCUGAGCUGCAUGGAACUAAGGUUCAGAUUCCAUAUUUAACCACGGAAAAAAAUUCCUUCAAAAGAAUGGACGAUGAGGAUAAACAGGAAACACAGUCUCCUACGAUGUCACCCCUUGCCUCCCCUCCUUCUUCUCCGCCUCAUUACCAGAGGGUGCCCUUGAGCCAUGGCUACAGCAAACUGCGGAGCGGCACAGAACAGAUGCAUCCAGCUCCUUAUGAAGCUCGACAGCCCCUUGUCCAGCCUGAAGGACCCUCAUCAGGGGGUCCAGGACCCAAGCCCCUUCGGCAUCAGGCAUCCCUCAUCCGGUCCUUUUCAGUGGAGAGAGAACUGCAGGAUAACAGCAGCAGUUACCCUGACGAACCCUGGAGGAUAACAGCAGAACAGCGCGAAUACUAUGUCAAUCAGUUCCGGUCCCUGCAGCCAGACCCGAGUUCCUUCAUUUCAGGUUCUGUGGCCAAGAACUUCUUCACCAAAUCAAAGCUUUCCAUUCCAGAACUCUCUUAUAUAUGGGAGCUUAGUGAUGCUGACUGCGAUGGAGCCCUGACUCUGCCUGAGUUCUGUGCUGCUUUUCAUCUCAUUGUGGCCCGGAAGAACGGCUACCCACUGCCUGAGGGCCUACCUCCAACUCUGCAGCCAGAGUACCUACAAGCAGCUUUUCCUAAGCCCAAGCGGGAGUCUGCAUUAUUUGAUUCUUAUUCAGAGUCACUGCCAGCAAACCAACAACCCCGUGACUUGAAUCGGAUGGAGAUGGCAUCUGUUAAAGACAUGGCAGACUUUCCUGUUCCUACCCAAGAUGCAACUGGUGAUGACAAGCAAGCUUUGAAAAGUACUACCAACGAAGCCUUACCAAAGGACGUGUCUGAGGAUCCAGCAACUCCUAAGGAUUCCAACAGUGUCAAAGCAAGACCAAGAUCCAGAUCUUACUCUAGCACCUCCAUAGAAGAGGCCAUGAAAAGGGGCGAGGACCCUCCCACCCCGCCACCGCGGCCACAGAAAACCCAUUCCAGAGCCUCCUCCUUGGAUCUGAAUAAAGUCUUCCAGCCCAGUGUGCCAGCUACUAAGUCAGGAUUGUUACCCACACCACCUGCGCUCCCUCCGAGACCUUGUCCAUCGCAGUCUGAACAAGUGUCCGAGGCUGAGUUACUCCCACAGCUGAACAGAGCCCCUUCGCAGGCUGCAGAAAGUAGUCCAGCUAAGAAGGACACACCAUAUUCUCAGCCCCCAUCAAAGCCCAUUCGUAGGAAACUGAGACCUGAAAAUCAAACUACAGAAAACCAAGAGCCUUCGACCACUGUAAGCGGGCCAGCUUCUGUAGCAACCGUGAAACCACAUCCAACAGUCCAAAAGCAAUCUUCCAAACAGAAGAAGGCCAUUCAGACUGCCAUCCGCAAAAAUAAAGAGGCAAACGCAGUGCUGGCCCGCUUGAACAGUGAACUCCAGCAGCAGCUCAAGGAGGUUCAUCAAGAACGGAUUGCAUUGGAAAACCAAUUGGAACAACUUCGUCCAGUCACCGUGUUGUGACCCCCAUGGUUCCAGUG